CUGAGAUUAUUAAAGUUUUUUUUACAUUAUUCGAUUUUGGCCAGCACGGCAUUUACCUGCGCCUAAAAAAAAAUAAUUUCAGUUUCGUGAUCAUUGUUUUUUUUACCGAAAUACUGACAACACUGGUCCUCGUAACACACGCCACGUACAUAUUUUGAAUUAAAAUGUUUUCGAAAAAUAUUAUACUACUUAUGUGUGUCGUGGGUUUUGCAGCGGAUGAUGGUACUUCUUGGGUGAAUAUAAAUCCAAACCUAAAUAGCUUGACAACUGAGGAAUGGAAGGAGAUGUUUUACAAAUAUGACACCGACAAUAGUGGUUCAAUCUCAGCAACGGAAUUACAGAAAUUAUUGUACAAAGAGUUCAAAGUAUUUAUCACCGUUCGCCACGCAGAAAUAUAUUCAUAUUUAAUUAAUUUUAAGAAAAACCAUACAAUAGGAUUGGAACAGGUGAAAAAAAUGAAACCGAUAAUAUUUGUUUUGUCACAGAGAAAAAGUGAAGAUGACAAUGAAAACUUAAUUGAAAAUAACAACGUUUUGAGUGAAGAUUUUGUGAACAUAAUAGGGGAAAAGUUUCAGGUGCUGUUUGUAGACAAGAAAGAAGUAUUAGAAGUUCUCAAAAUUGUCGGCCACGACGAAAAAUUACCAAUUGAAUCGACAGAGUACCACGAAAUACUGAAAAUGUUGCCGGCUUCGAAACGGAUGGCAGAUAUAUACUGGGAUUUUAAUUAUACUAGCGGUUCAACUAUCGGCGGCAUUAAUUUUGAUUUUCUCAAAUACAUACAGAAACAUAGGCUGUUCACAGAAAUACCGGGUUCUCUCAUAUUUAAACUCAACUAUCUACUCAAGUGUGUAAUUUGCCAUUGAAAAAUUGAAACAUAUUUUUCCAGAUAUUACUAUAUAUUUCUUAAAAAAUAAUAUUAAAGAAUACUGUGUGUAAUAGAGUAUAUUGCAUUACAUACAUGUUUUAAUUUAAAAAUAUACAUACAUUUCAAUAGAGAUAAA